AUGAGUCCAGAGGGGAAAUCGCUGCUGAAUAUCAUCAUCUUGGGCUUCGGAUUCAUGUUCAUGUUCACCGCUUUUCAGACAUGUGGAAACAUUGAGCAAACAGUGAUGAAGAGUUUCAACAGCUCUGAGUUUCAUGGAAGUGGAUACACGAGCAUGUCUAUUAUCUAUGGAGUCUUCUCUGCAUCUAAUCUGAUAGCUCCCUCAGUGGUCGCAGUCAUUGGACCUCAACUCUCUCUGUUUUUCAGUGGUUUAGUGUAUAGUGGAUACAUUGCUAUGUUUAUCCAUCCUUUCACCUGGAGUUUCUACACUGCUUCGGUCCUGGUUGGCAUUGCAGCCGCAGUGCUGUGGACUGCUCAGGGUAACGUCCUGGCAAUAAACUCCAGUGACUCCACCAUAGGCAGAAACAGUGGCAUAUUUUGGGCUCUGCUACAGUUCAGCUUGUUCUUUGGCAAUCUAUACAUAUAUCUUGCCUGGCAGGGGAAAAUGCACAUAUCAGAUAAGGAUCGGCAAACGGUGUUCAUUUCCCUCACCGUCAUCAGCCUUGUCGGCAGCUUCCUCUUCUUCCUCAUCCAGCGGCCGGCGGAGACAGAGAGCUCUUCCACUGAGGCGUCUGAGUCACUUCUGCCGGCCGACCUGUCUGAGAGCGACUCAGGGGUGGUGUGAGUGUGUUUUUACGUGAUAAAUAACGCUCCUCGGAGUCUGUCCUCUCAGGCCUUUGAUGCAUUCAAGAAAGCCCUGCGGCUGUCUGUGACCAGAGAGAUGCUACUGCUCAGCGUCCCCAUAGCAUACACAGGGCUUGAGCUUACCUUCUACAGUGGAGUGUACGGGACAUGUAUCGGAGCGAUGACCCAGUUUGGUCAUGACGCUAAAGGCCUCAUUGGGUUGUCAGGAAUAUUUAUUGGACUUGGAGAAAUAUUGGGAGGGGGACUGUUUGGGAUGCUGAACAAGUAUAAACAUUUUGGGAGGAACCCCGUGGUACUGCUGGGAAUCCUCACACACUAUCUGGCAUUCUACUUGAUCUUCCUCAACAUAGCCAAGGAUGCACCACUGGCCCCGGAGGAAGGGAUAGAUCAGCAAGCCUACAUAACUCCUGACGUGGACGUGGCGUUACUGUGCAGUUUCCUGCUGGGAUUUGGGGACAGCUGCUUUAACACCCAGCUCCUCAGUAUCGUCGGGUUCAUGUUCCGCGAAGAUAGCGCCCCUGCCUUCGCAGUCUUCAAAUUUGUUCAGUCCAUCACUGCAGCUGUGGCCUUUUUCUACAGCAACUAUCUGCUCUUGCACUGGCAGCUGCUGAUCAUGGUUGUGUUUGGAUUUCUGGGGACGCUUUCUUUUUUUGUCACCGAGUGGAUAGUCGUCAACAACAGACGGGACUCUGACUACGACAGCAUCUAACAGCCAAGCCCAGGGGAGAGGAGAAUUUUUCAGUGGACAUUUCUGUGACUUUCUCAUCUUAUUUUUACUUCUCUUUAAGGAGACUCUCUCGCUCAGC